CUAAAAUCGUCACUUCCUUAGGCCAGAUUAUCCAAGCAGAUGUAGUCUCCAUUCUCUCCCUCUCUCUCUCUUUGUUGAUGUCUGGGUAUGCGAGACUAAUUAUUAUUUCGCCGAAGGUUGAACUGUGCAAGAACUGGUGUUAGAAUGGGAGAUCGAGCGGAAAGGGAGGCAUUUGUUACGUUAGCUACAAAUGACACAUAUGCCUUAGGAUGUCUGGUAUUAGGAAAUUCUUUACGUCGAACCAGUACUAAACGAAAAAUAGUAGUAAUGGUCACAAGUGGUGUCACGUCAUCUAUGAGAGACCAGUUACAACAAGUAUUUGAUUUGGUUCAUGAAGUAGAUCUUUUAGAUAGUCGUGAUUCAGCCAACUUGGCAUUACUUGGACGCCCAGACCUCAGCUGUACAUUUACCAAAUUUCACUGUUGGCGAUUGACACAGUACGAAAAGGCAGUGUUUUUAGAUGCAGAUACAUUGGUUUUACACAAUGUUGAUGAAUUAUUUGACCAUGAAGAAUUGUCAGCCUCUCCUGAUGCUGGUUGGCCAGACUGUUUUAAUUCUGGUGUUUUCGUGUUCAAGCCAUCAGAGGAUACAUAUGCAGCUCUUAUUAAUUUCGCAUUAGCACAGGGAUCUUUUGACGGUGGGGAUCAAGGUUUAUUGAACCUGUUCUUCAGAGACUGGUCUACUAAAACAAUAGACCGACACCUACCUUUUACAUAUAAUGUUGUUUCACAGGCAUUUUACAGUUAUCUGCCAGCAUUUACACAAUUUAGAAAUGAUAUAAGAAUAAUUCACUUUAUUGGUGAAGUGAAACCUUGGAAUCAUGCCUAUAAUACUAAGACUGGCAAGGUACAAAUGUUAUCAGAUAGUGGACAUAAUCAGGACUUCCUUCAGUUGUGGUGGGAUAUAUUCAUGAGUUGUGUUCAAGUAGCUUUAGAUCCAAACUUGUUCAAGUUACUACACUGCACACCUAGCUUACAGCCUAGUGGCAUGGUUAGACAGUUAGAAGUUUGUCCUGACACAAACCAGAACAAUAGCAGUUAUCAUGUUUAUAAGAUACUGUACCCCUAUGUUCCACCAUCUUUAGAUAAAGUUUACUAUACACCCACCAAUAACCUUCCUUUAACUUCAAACCAUCCACAACCUACAUUUCAUCUUCAUACAUCAGCCAAUGACAACAUGGAUGCUAAUCUGGAUCAGGCAUCGGCUAAUGACAACUUGGAUACUAACCUUGAUAAAACAUCAGACCAUAACAACUUGGAUACUGAUGAACAGUCAAGCUGUCAGUGUUCUAAGGAAUCGAGUCAUAUCAUUGAGAUACCUGAUUCUCCUAAAAAUUAUCUUUUGCUUGAAACCCAUUACGCUGAGGAUCCUAUAUCAGUUACUGACCCUGAAAAUUCAUCUCAAGUUCGUUCUGAAGCUUGCGAUUUGGAAAUGCUAUUGAAACAUCAUCAUACUGUGGAAGAUGAUGUAGGCAAGAUAAAUCAACAAACUUUUGAUAAAGAAUCAGGCGAUCAUAGCAUUUUGGAUUUGAGUAGAUUGGGUGGACUUGUAGGAGAGUUAGCCUCUUUACAGGUCAUGGCUGGUAGACCAUCUAUUGUUUAUAUGGAUGAAGUAGAUCGAAAACAGGCCUGGGAACGUGGUCAAAUGGACUACAUGGGAGUCGAUAGCUUUGACAAUAUUAAACGUAAAUUAGAUAGCAAGAUUGUGGAACGAUCACCUAGUCCUGUUUCUUCCAGGCAAGUGAUAAAUGAAACUGGUGAGACUCACAGGAGCUACAAAUACUUCAGAGCCAGAUAAUACCACCUCAGUAAAAGAGACAGAACUAACAUCAAUCCUUUCUUCCACAAUUACUGAACAAUAACUUACAUCAUUUAAUCACUUCAUAACUGGGGAUUAACAGUGUCUGCUCUGAUAGAGGGGUUAGAGAUCAGAGAAAAUAGUAGGAUAUCAAAUUACUAACACCGCUGAUAGCUUUACAAAUCAGAAUUUUUCGAGUGCUACAAAUCAGAUGAUCUUUAUACUAUUGAUAUUUUGAAUUAAACCGCUCACAAAAAUGUGUGUCUCCGUAGACAAAGAUAGCUCUUGUGUUCCAGAUUUUACCAAGAAAUAAUUUUAUGUCUGCCUCUGGGUUUUCUAUUCUAUAAAAAUGGAAAGAAAAAUACAAUUCAGUAAGAAUUGUCCACUGUACCAGUUCAGAGCACUCCAAAAAUUUCAAUUAGUAAUCCUAUCGCACUAGUCAGAUUUAAUCCAAAGGAAUCGAUUUGAUGUACAAAACUGUGAAAUAAUAAACUGUAGACAUUAAAACUAGAAUGUUACAA